AUGAACCCGCCUGAAUUCCAAGAUGAAUCCGACUUUCCCUGGGGAAUUGGCGUGUUCGACGCCCAUUGCCACCCCACCGACACCAUGGCGUCCAUCGCUGAUAUUCCCCGCAUGAAGGCAACAACGCUCACGGCCAUGUCCACGCGGGGCGACGACCAGGAUCUCGUUUUCCAAGUCGCAUCCAACCUUGGCAAUGAAUCCGGCGAAGGCGAUGAGGACGCGAAACAGCGCAUUCUCCCCUGCUUCGGCUGGCAUCCAUGGUUCUCGCACCAAAUAAUAGACGACACAACAACAUCCGAAGAUAGCCAAAAGAGCGCUGACGAGAUUAAGAAAGCCCAUUACAGCACAGUGUUGAAGCCACCGCCAGACGACGAUUUCAUUUCCUCCCUCCCAGACCCAAAGCCCCUCUCGCAGCUCCUCUCCGAAACACGAUCCAGACUCGAGCGCUUCCCCGGCUCCCUCGUCGGCGAAAUCGGCAUCGAUCGCGCCUUCCGACUCCCUCAGCCCUGGACAGCUGAGGAGCACGAAAUCCGUGACGGCGGAAUGACGCCCGGGUCGCGCGAAGGCCGCCGGCUCUCCCCGCACCAAGUCAGACUGGAGCACCAGAAGGCUAUCCUCGAGGCGCAACUGCGUCUAGCCGGGGAGCUGCAGCGGCCCGUGUCGGUGCACAGCGUUCAGGCGCAUGGAGGUGUAAUCGAGGUAUUCAAGGCUCUGUGGAAAGGCCACGAGCGGAAAAUCGCUUCACGGCGCGAGCGGAAACGCCGGGGGAGUCAUGCAGACGCUCAUGCAGGGAGCGACGAGGAAGAUGGGGAUAUACAAACAUCGAAAAAGUCAAACGGUGCAGGUGCAGACGCAGGGGAACAUGAAGCCCCGGCGCCGGGCCUCCCCUUCCCGCCGCGGAUAUGCAUGCACUCGUACUCGGGUCCCGCAGAAACGCUGAAGCAAUUCCUGCACCCGUCCAACCCAUCAGACGUUUACUUCUCGUUCUCGAGCGUGAUCAAUUUCAGCCAUCACUCGGACAAGUCAGUUGCGGUGAUCAAGGCUUUACCGGAUGACAGGGUGUUGAUUGAGAGUGAUCUACACAUUGCUGGGCAGCAGAUGGAUGAUCGGCUCGAGGAGGUGACUCGGCAGAUCUGUGCAAUUCGCGGGUGGAAUCUGCGGCAAGGGGUGCAGCAGCUGGCGGAUAAUUGGAGGCGCUUUGUUUACGGCGACGCGCUGUCAAAUUCAUUGUAG